AUGGAAUGGCUGCUCCAUUUCUACACCGGCCCACCACUUAAGGCGAUAUACGAUUCGUUCACCGUUCCCGAAGUCGCCCGCCAAAGAGUCCCAUCAGCAGCACCGACCCCGACGAUACCUCGUUCAAUUGCUCCCCUUCUUCCUCGAGUAUCUUCCGACUGGGAUCCUGAAUACGAUAUUGUGGUGCGUGGGAACAUGAGACAUCACGAUACUCGGAAGGAGUUUGAGGACUCUCAUGUCGCGAAGCGGCGCCCGGCUGCUACGAGGGCGAGACACACUUCGCACCAUGGCUAUUUUCGGAGGCAGACUGACGGUAGGGCGAGCCUGCGUGUUCCCGUCGAUCUAGGAGCACGCGCCGAUGCUACGGUCGUGAUAGAUAGGGCUACGGCGUCGAUAUAUGAUGUUUACCUCCUACGAGCCGACAUCUCGAAGAACGUGAACUUCUUCCGGAGGCAUCAAAUAGUAUUCAACCCAGAGGCCAAAACCUACGCGCUCUUGACUCGGGAAGGUCGCGUUGGGCUCCAAGGUGUAGGCAGCCUCAACCUCUCUGUCUAUAACCAGCAAAUUGUUGCAUCAGAGUGGGAGAAUCAGUGGUUCCAUUUCACUGGCAAAGUACACCCCUACGCACCGGAGUGGGUGCUGCGGGAGCCUGAUGUUUUCAGCGAUGAAGAUGGCGACGGCGAAGUGUACAAGGUUCCAGUAGUUUUCAUACGUGACUUUGGAUACCAAGCCAUUGACCUACGAACUCUUUGUAAUAGUGGGGGCUUUCCACUUAUCCAACCACUCGUUUCUUUGAUGGGGCAGGUUCUCAGGACAGGUCAAACCCACCUGAUCAAGGACUCUGUCCCGCUGCUGGAUGAUGCACAGCUGAGAUGCUGUGCAUUUAUCCAGUGCUGUACCUACAUCACUCCGGGUCAGCCAUCAAAGAGUCCCUUCAAAGGCUUCCACCCCUUUCAACUUUUUAUUCUCUUUCCUAUUCACGCUUUACCAUUCUCUCUCCUCUGCAAGAAGAUGGCAGAUAGGAAAGAUACACAGUUAGUUCCAGGUGUUCCCUUUCACUGCGUCGGCAAGAUAGUUGGCCUGCUUGACCAUAGUCUUAUGGUGGCUGCCCCUGCAGCUGAUGAGAAGGAUUAUGUUUUCAUUGUCGUCCCCGACUCUUGGACGUUUCCGGAAAAGAGCACGCCACCUGUACCUGCUUCUCACGCAGUCUCCCCCUCUAAAACCGAACCUUGCCCAUCCCAGCCUGGCAGCUUCGCAGCAAUGAGAUCUAUGUUCAAGUCGCCCUCAAAGAAUGCUUCACAGGCGAAAAAUCUACAGUCAAAAUCAUCACAAACAUCACAAUCGUCACAGGGAGAUCCAUCCCAACAACCUGUUACUCCAUCCCAGAAUAAAAGGCCCGCAAUCUACGCAUCUCAAUCAUCCCAGUCAAAUUCGAACAACCCCGCCCCCAAGAGACUCAGGGGGUCUAGUGUGACUACCGCAACAGGCUUCGGUGAGAACGAUAAUCAUGAAGAAGGCGAAUUGAAGGAAGACGACAUAUCAGCCACACUCCGAUCCUCUGUUCGUCCUAAUAUGAGGUCAUCAAUUGCCGAACAAGGUGGCAAGAACAAGGGGUAUCCGACAAAGAGACUUUAA